UUCACCUUGAAAAGAAAAGAAGCAGACUGCUGGCGUUUCCUACACGUGGGUCUGGUGCAGGAAAGGGUCGUGUUGAAACGGCAGGAGUUUCUAAGUGAGUGGAUAAGCAGAAGAUAUCCCAGCAUUCCAAGAUGACGAGUCUACGGCGGCUGCAGAGUGUCCUGGGUUUCAGUGGAUGGUGUUGGAGGAAGCCCCCUGGCUUCACGUGUGCCCGAGGUACCAGUUCAGAUAAUCGCAUUUCAUAUGCACAUUCCAGGAAGAGCUUUUGCACGCAUGAAAAUGACGAUUCUAAACCCAGGAGUGGAAUGACAAGGGCAGACAAGGCUGAUAAAAACAGGGAAGGUCCUGCCCACGAUGAGGACGACCUCAAAACUAACAACACUAGGGACUUCAGCUGUACAGCCAAGGCUAUCAGACAUCCCGCUGUGCUUGCCAAGAGCUACAGCGUGCAAAAACAACAGACUUUCGUAAAGAACAACAAGUGGUCAACGAAACUCCCAAAAUAUGAACUACAGAACAGGGCCACAUUCGCCAAUGAGCUGCGACGACUGAGAGACGAGGAUAUGCCAGGCCCCGUGCAGACGGACUCUCCUAGCGGCAUAGCUUACAGGAAUAUGAAAAACAAAGACUCCGAAAUUGUAUUCGGCGUCUCCCCUUGCUACCUCGCACUGACCCACGGCCGGAGAUCAUUCCACGGGCUGUACGUGAAAGAAAGUCGGAUCCAACAGCGGCCGGAGGUGCGAGAGAUCUAUCGGCUCGCUGAGAUCCUGGGCGUAACCGUGCACCAGGCCAGCAGACGGGCACUGGACGGGCUGUGCGGGGGUCGAGUUCAUCAGGGCAUGUGUUUGGAAGCGAGCCCUCUGGGCUACAUGGCUGUUGACGAGCGCAUUGCGCCGUGCACCCCGGGGCAGUCGCUGUGGCUGGUUCUGGAAGGCAUACAGGAUCCCAUGAACAUGGGUGCUCUCCUGCGCACCGCUUAUUUCCUGGGGGUGGACAGAGUUGUGGCCAGUCUUCACAACAGCUGUCCCCUGUCGCCUGUGGUAAGCAAGGCCAGUGCCGGAGCAAUGGAGGCCCUGCCAGUCUAUGGCUCUUCUGACCUUCCAGAUUUGCUUAAGACCCAGAUUGCCGGUGGCUGGCAGGUGAUUGGAACGGUGGGCACAGCCACGAAAGCCGUCCACGUUCCGGUCCUCCCAUGCUCUGAGUUUCGCUGGAGCCAGCCCACCAUCCUCGCUCUCGGAAGCGAGGGGUCUGGCCUGUCUCCGGAGGUGCUUGCUCUGUGUGGCUGCCUGGUGACCAUUCCUCCCGGGGGAGAGCCCGCUCUGGGGAUGGACUCCUUGAACGUGUCUGUGGCUGCAGGUAUUCUGCUGCACUCUCUUGUGUCCAGUAAGAGAAUGAAAUGCUGAUGCCUUCUUCCCGGUUUUGUGUUUGCUUUGGACCUGAUCCCUGCCUACAGUACUUAAGCACUGGAUUACUCCAUCAAUUAGCAGCUGGCUUGUUGAAAACCUGCAUUGAUUCACUGUGCUGAUUCGUGCAGGCCCUGUGUAGUGGGCGAUAUGGGAAGCAGGCUCCCUUUCCUGCAACAUGUGAAGACUGUUCAGAGAGCGCUGAAGCGUGCCGUGCCGUCGCCGGCGAUACCAGAGCAAACCGGUUUCCAGGGAAACCGCAGCAUUGCCCUGGCAGGGACGGGCCCUCAGCUCAGACUGCAUUGCUGCAUUUAUAAUAUCAUUUACUAGAAUCAGCCAUGCGUAUGAGUAAUCAUUUAGCCUUAUGUGAAAUAAAAAAAAAUAUUAAAAAAAAAAGUUUAUUCAAAUCACUUCAAAUACCAUAAGGGUAACAUGUAAACAUCUUUCAUAUUCCUGCACUGGUAGCUUUUUAAACGCCAGUGGCCUGCCUGUUUGAAAUGUGGUUGCUCUGUAGAGGCAGGAGCUGAGGAACGUUAGCCUCUGUUGUAAAGAAUAUCCCCCACACUGUGCUGCUCAGGGCCCCGGCUCUGCAGUGUUUAGGUAAUCCACCUUUAGUUAAACACCAAGUUGAAACAUAAAGAAAGCGACCCUUUUCAUCUGGAGUCUUUUAUAGAGAUGCAUACAGUACCAUCACUCUCUUCAGCCACUCUGAGUAUAGAUGCAUACAUUACUGUCUGUAUGGUUGCUGUUUAGUUGUGUUGUGUGAUUGGCAGGUUAAGGUGUGCAGUGUCAAGCUGUGACGCUGUGCACACGAUGUAAAAACUCGUCUGUUUUUCUCUGUUCUCUCUUUAUUGUGAUUAAACAGGUGGCCUCAUUUCAGUAUUCCCGAGAAGUUGCUGGCUUGGGAAAAAAGUGGGAUGCAGCUAUUUAAACACAGUCAGAGGAUUGAAACAACACAGGUGGUGUGAAAAAAAAAAAAAAAAAAAAUGCAGCUUCUUGUCUGAGCGCAGCCUGUUUUACUGAAAUAACCCUCCCUCCAGACAGGAGCAGGCUGUCCCCCAGUCACUCCACAGCGAUAAUAACAGCUAGUAAAUAGAAUCAACCUGGGGGUCUCGUUGCUUCCACAGGUGCAAUUAACAUCCCGGUCUGCUAAUGCGUGAUUAACGAUGUUUACAAACACGCUAGAGCACGCUGCAAUCCGCUCGGAUCACUCUUCUCACCUUCAUUCCUGCCCGAGAGAGCGGGCAGCACAGUUGUUUUUUUUUUUUAUCUCUGUUGAGGGUUUGCGGCUGUCCUGACGUUAAUUAGCAGUGUUUUUGUUUUAAUUACAAACGGGAAGGCUGGAAUAGAAAAAAGCCUGCAGACUGAAUUGGUUAAGCUGUGGACCAGCUGCCGCGCUGGCAGGGUCAGUGCGAAGGGCCUCUCCACCUAGUCAGGUUUGCGCUGAACUUGGGUGCGAGGAGGAAGCGUCGGGUAAACAUAUGGAUAAUUGCUGUUAGUUAAUCUGACACGGAGCGUUGUACAAUCAGUCUCGAUCACUAAUUUUACCAGCAGCAUGUGGAAUUAGCAGCCGCUGCUGCGUGCGAGAGCCGAGCCUGUUAGCUUCACACAUUUAAUGUGUCGUGUGCCAGAGACCGGAAACCUGUUCUGAGGAGUUGACAGGCAGUAACUCCGGCAGCUAAAAGAAGCAGCAAGUUUAAACCCUAGCAUCAGACAGACCAGCAUCUUAAAAAUAGACUGUCCUUGCUGCUGAACCUUGUCAUUGCAUGCCAGCAGCUUCAGAAAGGUGCAGUCAGGAUUGCAUGUUGCUGAAGUUUGGUUUUGCCAGCGCUUCCUUGCUCAUAUUUUUUUCUGCGUGCAUGUUGUGUGCAGAUCACCAUGUUCUGGGUGUACGAUAUUAUCUUUGCAUGAGUGCAUGAAAAACAAACGAAUGAGCGUAGAUUCCCUUCCUGUGCUCUAGGUUACCGGAACUGAUUGCAGUCAGACCGCUAGAGUAAAUGUGACCUACAGCACGGGAAGGGAUGCCAUGACAGUAAUAUUUAAUCUAUCGUGGCUUCAACAGAAAGAAACCGGGGGACAGUCCAGUGAGCGUGUAACUCCUGCAAAACAGAACAUGUUUUUAAAGAGCUUGGUUAACACUCCUUUAAACAGUGCGGUGUCAGCCCAGCUCUGAGUAGACACCACAAACAAGAGAGUGGCUGCGUUCACUUUGCAGUGCGUGAAGCGUCUGUGCAACCUUCAGCACGGGCUGCAAGACCUUCAUUAUCUGCACGAUAAGUGUUUCACUGCAUUCAGAGCCAUCUGAAUAGAACUGGAAAGUCUUUACGUUUCAUUUCAGCCAUUUGUUAUGUCCUUGAGCGACGGCUCUCGAUAAAAGCGUGUUUAAUUUUAUUGAAGGUCGCAGGUGUUUCUACUACGUGAUUACAACAAUUACAGGGGAAAAAAAAAAAAAGCGGCCAAUUUUCCAAAAUUCGUUUUUGAGUGGCCGUCACAAAAGAGCCACGUUGCAUACAAAAGAAACUCGAAAAAAAAAAAAGAAAGAUCUGCAAAAACCAUUCAGGUUACUUGGGUUAAAGAGUUUGCAGUAACAGCACAAUUAUCUUUGGGGGAACUGCAACAUGCUGGUUAAUUACGUUUUUUUUUUCUUCUGGUUUCUGAAUGUAUGAUAGAAGAUGCACAAGGCAGUUCUGUUUGUAUUGGGGUCAGUCGGAUGUAGGUUUUCUCUGAAUUGGGCACUUGAGUUGCAAUCUCGCUGUGCGCAUCUUGUUUUGGAUGUUACGAGUACAUUAAUAUAGUGCUUGCUAAUCCAGAAUGUUUUCUUGCUACCAAUUUAGGAGAAUGUCCUCGACCAUAUGUGACACUGAAACUCCGGUCUGAAGUACCGUCCUCCGCUCAAUUGAAACGAGGGUCUGCUGUUUCAGAAUUGCCUGUGUGCAAUAGCAGCUGUUUUAUAGUUUUGCGAUUUAAUUGAAGCUGCAGAUAUGAACAUCCGUACCGUGUAGACCAAACAACUACUGGGAGAGCUUUUAAAAAAAUCGCACAAGUAAGUUAAACUCAGUCCUCCUGGGCACAAGGGGUUUUCGCUCCAAGAAACUUUUUUGCAAGUCUUAACUCUCAAGGUGGCAGCAAAAGACAUGUGAACGUUGCUGAAACGUGUCUUGCAGGACACGAUCUGGCUCCAGAGACAACUCAUCAUGCUUCUGUUGCUAAGUCAUUCGGCGCUCUAGAAGAUGUAGUUCUGAGCUCAGUACCAGAUUCGUCUCAUUACACUGCGGUAUAGAAGGUGUAGUUCUGAGCUCAGUACCAGAUUUGUCUCAUUGCACUGCGGUAUAGAAGGUGUAGUUCUGAGCUCAGUACCAGAUUCGUCUCUUUGCACUGUGGUAUAGAAGGUGUAGUUCUGAGUUUAGUAGCAGAUUUCAUUCAUUGCAGGAGUUGUAAGAGCAGUGCUUUCCCCUACACCUCCUGUACCCCCUUGCAGAGAGACACUGGAAACACACAGUCCAGAAGGAAAGGAGUCCCUGCUUGUUUCGUCUGUGCUUUUCAGAGCUGCUGGAGAGGAUGCCUGAGUUUAGCACACAGUAAAUCAACAAGUGAAAAACAGCACGUCACCCGUGCUCAGAGCUCUUGGAAAACGGACAGCCGGACACGGUCAUCAAUACUGGUCGCUGGCUAUUGAUCAGGUGUAUUGAUUGGGAUGGGAGCUGACUCCCAUCACAGUCAUUCUUUAGGGUCACUGACAGAUUUAAUUGCCUAUCGGGGAGCGAUCAUGAGAACAAACGGCUGCUGCCAAUAAGCCAGGCUCAGCCUGUGUUAACUGUCUCUCAGAACAGCGUUUUGUUUGGGAAUGUUUUGUAGGGCGGCGCUAACAGGGGUUCCCUCCUAAAGAUUGGGGAAUUUCUAAUAUUAAUCCAUUGUCGUUGAUCGGUGAAAUGGUAGCCGUAUCAGUCCAGAGGUGACAGACGAAGAGAAGGAGAGGUGAUCCCUUUUGUUGGACGGUAACAGGGUGAUGUUGCAUACGUGGGUCGCCAGUGAAUCGGACGCAGAGCAGUGAGUGUUGACAUGCCGCGCCUGUCCCGACACUAGGGUGGCAACAGUGGUAAUCCUAGUGCCCAAUUUUAAUAAGGAAAAGAAAACAAAGUUAAAAAAAAAUUUUUCCCACAAAUGGCGAGCGCUAGCCCCACUGCAAGGACGCUCUCCUCGAUGUCAACAAGCUCAAGCUCUCUCUUGGAGCCCGCCUGUGCAGCCGUGCCGUUGGCGCUGCUGCCUUCUUAAACAAGUGUAAGCUCCCCAGGCACACUCCCCCCCAGCCAAUCAGGACCUCCCAAUCAGAUCAGCUCUGGGCAAGACUUCCUGUUUACCAAAGCAGCUGAACCAGCGUCGGGGUCCUCCCUGUCACAUGGACUAACGAAACAAUAAUUAAUCACAAGCUUUCAAGACCUCGGAUUGAACCAAGGCAUCUUUCGACAAGGAAGUCGUGGCAAGGCAGCAAUGCAAAGGGCUCAUCAUGCACUCGUCAUAUUGCUUGGAAAAUAAAUUAAAAAUGAAAAGCUUUAUUUAGUAUAGGUUGGAUGGCCUUUCUAUUGCCAAGCUCGGGUACAGUUGGUUAGGGGUGUUUCUGGGCACCUGGUUUGGAUCCCUUUCCCAUUAGAAUGGUCUGUCUCAACUGGUACAGUAUUUCAGAGCUUAAUUUAAUAUAAAGUGUUUAUUUUACUCUAUUUUUUUUUUACUGCCGUUUCAUAUCUUACAGGAUUUAGAGGAUAUCUGAAUAAUCAAUCAAUCGAUUUGCAUUGUAUUUCUUUUAAACUUCCAAGAUUCAAAUCGUUAAGCAAUACUGCACUGUUGCCUUUAAAGGCUCUGUGAGCAAUGCAAAGCUUUGCUGAUCUGCACUGUGGGCACAGGAGGCUUUUGCAGAUUGUUGUUAGGCUCAUCUGGGCACACUGCUGCUGAAUGAUCAAGCAUGGCAUUUUGUUUUGCUUGUAAAUGUUUGUCAUAUAGAAUAUAUUCAGCCGCAGUAACUCUGCAGUGCAUAUCCUUUGUCUGAGCCUUCGAGAGAAACAGUUUGUCCAGAUAAAUAAGAAAAACAAUAGAAAACUAUAGCACCAUAUCGGGUCCGCGUGAUAUUGCAAUAACCAGAAGUGAAGAACUCUGCUCGAGACGUGAGUAGAUCAGCCAGGACUAGUCUAGUUCUGCUGCAAUCACUGGGACGCUGCUGGCUUCAUUCAGAGUAUCUGAAGAUGAGAUGAUGUUAGUGAUAUUAUCUUCCAGCAGGCUUUCCAGUCCAUUAGCCUUCGCUGGUGGUGUCACCCGAUCAGGUAUGCCGAUUGCGUGCACUGCAGACCACAGCAUGGGAUGCAUGUGCUAAUCUGACAUUGGGAAGUUACCCUCGCCCCCUCUGCACCCUUUUAUAAUAAUUACCGCUACCAUUCUUGCAUUCGUAAUGCGUUCUGUUUGCCAGUCUUUGGGAGUUCUCUGCCAUUUCUGGAUUCGUUUUAGAAUCAAAAUAGAUUAUGUUGCCAGCAGCAUUCACUUGAUUAGAUUUUUUUUUUUUUUUGCAUGGGUUUUGUCCCAAAUUGAAGUUGAUUAGCACUUUUAUAUACAUGCAUUUG